AUGCCACUUUUUCGGGACAUCGACGACGACGGCAUCGAGUUGAUCCCGGUCGGCCGAAAUCGCCGCUGCUCCGUUCGCCUGGCAAGUUCGGGGCCUGUCCCAGGCCAGCUGGCGCGCAAGAUCGGGCUGAUCAACACCACGGUGUUCACGCACAUGCCGUCGUCGGCCGCCGUGCUGUUCUUCCCGUUCCCGCCCUACCUGUGGCUGACGGCGGGCUUGCUGCUGCGGCACACGGGGCUCAACGACAUCGACCAGGCGCCGCGCUCGGCCUUCAUCGCCGCCGUCGUGCCUCGGACGCCUAUCAGGACAGGAUCACCAGCACGCCGCCCUCAGGUCCGCACAGGCCUCACGACAGUGGUACAUCGUCGACCAGUUUGA